AUGCAACGCAGCUGGCGCCAAGACGCCGACAAACUAACUUUCAUCGUCUGCCGGGCGAUCACAACAGGCACUGAAGAUGGCGUUCCCAGCCAAACAGAGCUACAAACAGAAAGUGACUCGCCAGCUACUAUGGUCGGUGAUAUCAACCUCUUUCUACGCAUCGACGACGGUGAGGAGGGCGAUAGUCCACCACAAAUAGUCGGUGAGGUCGAGCUCAUGAUCGCCGAGAAAGUCAACCAACGACGCGGGUUUGGGCGCGCUGCUUUACUCAUGUUCAUGCGGUAUAUUGUUCAGAACCAAGGGGCUAUUCUGGAUGAGUUUGUUGGCGGUGGUGAUGUCGAUGUUGAGACUGUGCGGAAGUUGCGGACUGGUGUUAAGACGGCGGGGUCAUCGGAGGGGUUGACGUUUGAGUGUCUGAGUGUUAAGAUUGGACAGGCGAAUUUGAGGAGUUUGGCUUUGUUUGAGGGGCUUGGGUUUGAGAGGGUUUCUGCUGAGGCGAAUUUCUUUGGGGAGUUCGAGUUGCGCAAGACUGAUUUGAGUCUAGGUGGUGUUGAUGCGGCGCUUGAGGGCGCUAAGGUGCGAGGGUUCAUUGCUUUGCCUUAUGAGAGAACAGAAUAG